GACUCUAUACAGAGACUGUGGUUCAUGAUAGAACAUUUCUAUCUGCUUAAAACUAGCUCCUCGUAUACAUAACAAAACUCGUUUAACCGUGCGAUCUGCGAGGCUUGUAUCGGAACAACUUUAUACGAACACAAACUGACAAUUUUGACAGAAGAUUGUGGUUGCAAAAUAUUUACGUCGAUUUUACUAGCCACCCAGAAUAAAUAAACAUGGCUGACAACAAACCCAUGUCCAAAAUUAUCCAAAAUAUUGAUGAAGUCAUCAAAAAAUGGGCUCUGAAAGGAAAGGACAACCAGGAUAAGUACGUUGUGGAAAUUGUUAAAAAUGGUCUGGAAUUCAUGCAAAUCGGUGAAAUAAAUUAUAAAGCCGUGAAAAAGAUGGUUCCGUGUCCAGAUAAUCCAAAUGAGUAUAUUCCGAGUGGAGCCGAGGCCGGGGAGGCCACUCCUAACACGUGUACGCGCACUGUACAUACCACGUCGUUCGUAAACGCUACAUCUGCAGCGGAACAAAAACACCAUUUCCGGGUUGAACGCACUAAUACCACUUGCUAUAGUUGGUCGAUGAGCAGCGGACACACCUUCAGUUCUCGGGCGGGCAUUUCUCUAACGCCCCCAAACGCGUGUAUAGAAGCGAGCGUGGAGUUCGGAAAGACGACGGAGGAGUCGACGGAAGAAGUAAACGCAUCUGAGAAAACACGGACAAACGUCAUUGAAUGUGACGUAAUCGUCCCGAAAGGGAAGCGGGUGAAUGUGAACUUGAACAUCACCGAGGAAGACUUAAUCGCGAAAUAUGACGUAGAAUAUCGUAUUGAAGGGGAAGUAACUGUUAUUAUUAAGAAAGGGGAGAAAAUAGACUCCGAUCGGCAUGGCCAAGCUCAGGAUAUCUUCCGCGGUAUGGAUGGCUUCAAGGUAUUUCCCAAAACAGAAAAACGGAAAGGUUUCGCUAAAUUUAUUAACAAGGGUAUUUUUAUGUCGAAAAGAGAAAUAAGACAAGAAUUGGAAAUGAGAGACGAAGAUUUAUAAUUUGAACUGAUCAUGGCGGUCGAGAUCACUUCUCUCAGGCCGAUUUGUUUGAUCAUAGAUAGAAGAGGUUUGACCGUAACUGUAUGUUUGUUUGUUUUUUAUAAAAGGAUAGAAACAGUUAUCAUGAAUUUAGUACACUGCCAUCAAUAUUCGUCACUGGCAAAAAUUCCAGUACCGACAUUACAAUUUCAUUCAAUCCAAACACUGUGAUAACGACUUUCCGUUUUCGACAUUGUGAAAUUCUUCCGUUUUUAUGGAGUAUACCGUAUUUUUACGAAAUAAUAUCAUACAUGAUACACAUAUUUCGCAAUUCCAUUUAGCUGCUCUCAGUUAUAACUCAAGACAAAUGAAAUAACAAGUUUAUUUUGAUUUUUAUAUUCACGUGUAAUCGUGUAAUAUGAAAUACAUUUCGUUAUGAAACAUUCUUAAUAUAUUUCUGAAUUCACUUGUCACAAUAUUUUUUUUUCCAAAAAAAAAAAUAAAUAAGAAAAUAAGUGGAGGGAUUUCAGAAUGUCGAAAUCGAAAAGUCUUUAUCGUAGUGCUCCCAGAUACUGUUCAUGUUGUAAACUCAUCGACUUAUUUUACACCCUCUCCCAGUUGAAACUAGUAAAACAAUACAGCAAAAGUUUAUACCCAUGC